AUGGCUUCCUACGCGGCUGACAAGGCUUCCACCAGCUCUGCUGAUGCCCCCGUUGCACGCUCCAACGCGUACGCUCUCGACGAGAAGCGUCGCGCUGCCCUUGCCGAGAUUGACUCCGCCAAGUUCUCCUGGUUCCACGUGAAGGUGGUCAUGGUCGCCGGCGUCGGCUUCUUCACCGACGCCUACGACAUCUUCGCGAUCAACAUCGCCUCCACCAUGCUUGGCUACGUCUACGGUGCCGGAGGCAAGCUCAACACCAACCAGGACCUUGGUGUCAAGGUUGCCACCCCCGUCGGCACCUUGGUCGGUCAGCUUCUCUUUGGUUGGCUCGCCGACGUUGUCGGUCGCAAGCGCAUGUACGGUGUUGAGCUCAUGCUCAUCAUCAUCGCUACUUUCGGUCAGGCUCUUUCCGGCCAGGGUCCCGCCGUCGGUAUCAUCGGUGUCCUCGUCGUCUGGCGGUUCAUUAUGGGCAUCGGCAUCGGUGGUGACUACCCUCUUUCCGCCGUCAUUUCUUCCGAGUUCGCAUCCACCCACAUUCGUGGUCGCAUGAUGACUGCGGUCUUUGCAAACCAGGGCUGGGGCCAGUUCACCGCGGCGCUUGUCGGCUUCAUCGUUGUUCAGGCCUACAAGACGCCCGUCCUUAACGAUGACCCCAACCACCUCGAGCACAUCGACUUCAUGUGGCGUCUCCUCAUCGGUCUUGGUUGCGUUCCCGGUGCGAUCGCCCUCUACUUCCGUCUCACCAUCCCCGAGACCCCCCGUUUCACCAUGGAUGUCGAGCGCAACGUGAAGCAGGCCACCCAGGAUGUCGAGAACUUCCUCACUACCGGCUCGUACUACGUCGACCCUGACGCCGUCAUCGAGCGCGCCCAGGCCCCCAAGGCGUCCCGUCGCGACUUCGUCGCCUACUUCUCCAAGUGGGAGAACCUCCGGCUCCUCAUCGGCACGUCCUACUCCUGGUUCGCCCUCGACAUCGCCUUCUACGGCCUCGGUCUCAACUCCUCCGUCAUCCUGACCGCCAUCGGGUUCGGUUCCCCUGCUUCGAACCUCACCGGUGGCCUCAAGGCGUACACGAACCUGAAGAACAUCACCAUCGGUAACAUGAUCCUUUCCGUUGCCGGUCUCAUCCCCGGUUACUGGGCCACCUUCCUCCUCAUUGACCGCUGGGGACGCAAGCCUAUCCAGCUUAUGGGCUUCACCAUGCUCACCAUCCUCUUCAUCAUCAUGGGCUUCGGCUACGACAAGCUCAUUGAGACUCAGAGCUCGAAGAACGCCUUCGUCUUCCUCUACUGCCUCACCAACUUCUUCCAGAACUUCGGCGCUAAUACCACCACGUUCAUCGUCCCCGGUGAGGCGUUCCCGACGCGCUACCGGUCCACCGCGCACGGUAUCUCUGCCGCCUCAGGCAAGCUUGGUGCGAUCGUCGCCCAGGUCGGUUUCGGCAAACUCAUCAACAUCGGCGGUCCGAGCAAGUUCAUCAACCACCUGCUCCAGAUCUUCGCGUUCUGGAUGUUCACCGGCAUCUUCUCGACGCUGCUCAUCAAGGAGACGAAGGGCCUGUCGCUCGAGGAGCUCUCGGGCGAGAACCAGGAGGGCUUCAUCGAGGAGCGGCCGAAGAAGGCGACCGUCUGA